AUGCAUCAAUCAUUAGGAUACUCACAUGUAUCCAAGAAGCCUUCCAACGGCCAAGUCCAAGAGAAGUUAGGAGAGGCACCUGGCUUUAAUUUCGAUCCGAACCUGGAGAAUGGCGGUGGAUUCAAAGAAGAUGAGAACAGCUUUGAUGGUUAUGGCAAUGACGCUAACAGAGGAUUUGGUGGGCCAUUUGGAGACAGCCAUGGGCGCAACGGUGAAGGCAAAAGUGAGUUCUGAUCGUAAAUAGGAGAAGUCGUUGAAAUAAGGUAACGGCUUGAAUGAAAAGCUCGUCAAAUGCACGAUUACUAAUUCAUAAAUUUAGGACAUCGCCACGGAGAGGACGGAGGGUUCAACGAAAACGGUGAUGGAUUCGACCAUAACCGCGGCAAUAACGAUGGCUUCAACGACGGCAAAAAUGGCUUUGACUACAACCACGGCAACGACGGUAGAUUAAACGGCGGCAACGAUGGGUUUGGCCAUGACGAAAGAAGAGAUCAGGAUUUUGAUGACCACGGAAAUGGUAGACAUGGAGGGCGUGAGGGCAAUGGGGGCUUUGGAGGAAGGCACCAACACGGGGGACCCUUUGAUGACGGAAAUGAAAGAUCAGGCAGCAACGGUGGAUAUGAAUUUGGGGGAAGAUGGUGA